GUUUUUUCAGUUUUCUGUUAUUAAAUGAAAUAGCAAUGGAUGCUGCCAGCCGCCUGCCUAUAAAUAAAGCUCAAUUGAUAGCAUCAUCGAUGCACUGAAAUAGCAUGAUGAUAACGCAGCCUACAUUUUCAUAUAGCUUUCUAAUGUCAUCGCGCUAACUCGGUAGAAUACAGUAGAAUAUCGAAACGUGAUGACAGUCCAAUCGGUCAGCUGACACCGCAGCUGGACACAGCUCAUCAGAUCAGUGCGCUCAACCAGAGACCCGUCUGUCCAAUAAUAAUCAGGUCGUCAGGCCAGUCUCCAUUCGAGGGCUUAUGCUAUGAAAAUAUAUCUGCUCUUGACUAACAACCACAAUGCCUUAAUAGCACACACAGCAAGCUAUUAUUUGCAUACUCUCUCGGUCUACCAUGUCAAUACUUGGACGGUAAAUUGAUUGGGUCACGAACGCAUAGUCCUAAUUGUCACAUCCCCCUCAUUCGCUGGUGCCCAACAAUCUAACCGGUUCGCAGUAGAUUGGCACCAUUGGCAUCGCGAGCACCUUUGAAUGGCCUAUUGUGUGAGGUGCAGCUGGUACGACCGUGUGUUGUGAUUGUAGUUCUCAACUGCGCAUCGCAAAACUAGGCAGGCUUAGUGAAAGGCCUUGGCCAGUGCGUUAUUCUUAAAUAUUUAUGAUUAAAACACCUUUUUAAAAGAUUAAUGAUGGUGGAUUGUUCAUUUGGGUGGAAUGCUUCUAGGCAUGUUGCCACUGACACAAGGUCAGCCUGUGGUGUGCGUGGGUGAGGAGGAAAGCGGGUAAGGAGAUGGGCUGCACCUCGGCCAAGCAGGUGUCGGCAGUGCCAAGUGGUGAGGAGGGCCGCAGUAAAGCCUACAGCAAUGGGGACCUUCUUUCCGACGAGUACAAAAAAGGAGUGGACAAGGUCAAGUAUAACAAUGGAGAAGAGGACAGACUGAACACCUGCAACCAGGACAGCACGGAGAAAACUGCCCUGCUCACUAGGGUCCAACGCACAGAUGACACAGGAUCAAAUGGCAAUGGGAAGACACAUAUCCAUUCUUCAGAGAGCCAGCAAGAGUUCUUCAGGAUGCUGGAUGAGAAGAUAGAAAAGGGGCAGGACUACUGCUCAGAGGAAGAGGAUAUGACAUAGCACUGACGUCCGAUAUCUGCUCCCCUGAGAGGAAGGAUUUGUCCAAUGGAGGCUGGUGUCAUUUCAGCCAUUACAAUGAGCCCAUCCUCCAAUUUCUCCCUCCACUUGCCUCCACUGGAUUUUUCCAAUGGCAUGGACAGACUGUACCACAUAUACCUUACCUAAUGGCCCCUCCUCCUUUUGGACUGGCCCAUUUCGUGGAGUGGGAGACACGUUGACCCUCAAGCACCUUUGCUUACCACACAGUCUAUCUACAACCGUCUCCCCGUAACAGAUGUUUGAGUCCAUUGCGACAAUGUCCGCCCCCCCCCCCCCCCAAAAGGAGCAAGGACCACUUCCAUGCACCAGGCGUAUAAUUGUGAACAACUCUCCAAGUCUGUCGCCAUGGUUACCAUGCACAGGAAGUACAGCAGCUGCUCUAGACUCUGUGACUGUGGUCCGUUAAAAGACACUGGCAUUCCAGUCAUUUUGAACCCAUGGAUUGACUAAAGUCACGACCAAUAACCAUGAUGGUAUCAGUCUCAAAGAACAUUUGUCAACCUUAUCUGAUUCUGAUUGGAUUAUGAACAGUGGAGGUAAUGGAGAGCAGAGGAAAAUGAAUCUGGGAAUUAUUCCAGGGGUCGUAUUCAUUGGGCACCAAAUGGAAGAAAACGUUCUGAAACAGGGAGGGCCUUCGAAUAAGAAGCGGCAGUUGACAUUUUCCAUAGCAAAAUGUUUUUUUCUACAGUGUUCCCUAAUGAAUGCGAUCCAGGUGGCUGAAACAUUGAGCAUUGCAGAUAGAAACACAAAUACAGCUGCUGAUGCUCCUUAUCAUUGCAUUAUAUCCUUAUCUCUAUGUAGUGUAUAUCUAUCUGCAACAUUCCAAGCGUGCCACCCCAAUGAACACACCCUUGGAGGGGAAACCGGGGUUACUUACUUCCUGCAUUCCAAGACACUUUUUGAAUCUUCUUUUCUACAGUAUGUUCAUAUGCGAUUCAUAGUCUUAUCUAUGUCUUCUUACUUCACCACGUAGGGUAUUCUUGUUUAAUUUUAAUGCUCAGGGUUGAAGUGUUCUAGUCAUUGUCUUUUGUAGGAGAGCCUACCUCUUCAUUAGGCUUUGCUGUCCCAUUUGUGUACACACACAGUUAUUUCCCUAGCACCCUACUGUCACUAUCUGUUCUCCUUACCUGUUAAUAAGACCAUCUCAGUGUUAAAAUCUACAGGCAGUAUACUGUAUUAGGAGCAUAGAUCAUGCAAUGGUCUUUGCAUUUGUCGUCAUGGUCAUUUGUCUGUGCUUGUUUUUCAUGUUCAAAUGUUUUUUAUUUUAUUAUAGUCAAAUAAAAAAACAGAAAUGUUUUCA